AUGAGGGAACGACUCCAUCGAUGGCGAGAGAUCGCGGAACGCAAUAAUGUGCCCUUUUUCGCCUUUACCGUCCUGAGAGAACCAGUGUCGUUCGCCCUGAGCUUUUUCAACUUCUUUCACGGCAUGGAUCAUGGAGACGAGCACUUUGAAUACUACGAUACAGCCAAUGAAUUUGACCUUUUGAAUCACGCAGUGGUUAAUCCACAGUGCGGCUUCUUGGUACAAGGAGAUGUGAUCUUUCACAACAAGAUGGCGCAGCAAACUGUUGUGCUGCCUCUUUGCAAGGCUGCUUACGAAACUCUCUGGGAGGAAAUGGACUGGAUUGGUACAACAGCCGCACUUAGCAACGAAACUUUUCCCUUGCUUAGGUCAAUUGUGAAAUCGAGUCGAACCAAUGGCGACGCAAACCAUUUGCUUGCACAAAACAUUCGACACCGAAACAAGUCACCGGAUAAGGUGACCAGAUCGGAUCUUGGUCCAAGAAGUAUAGAUCAGAUUCGAAUGAUGACACGAUGGGAUCAGACAAUGUACUACAAUGCACAACGAGACUUUCCUUUUGACAAAAUGCAACUUGUGGAAGACCAGAAGACACCAAAGAGAUCGUCGGAUAGACGUCGUCCUCUGUAA